CUGUGCAUCGACAUAACGUAGUAAGAGAGAUGAGCAUCUCAAUGGAUUGCUAUUGUUUGAGUCUCCUCGUGCCUCGCCUCUUCUCAGAGUGUGCCGUUCUGUUGUCCCUCGUAGUCCGGUGGCUGUUCCUGCCUUGCUGCUGCUGGUGGCCAGCUUCCUCACCUUCUGCCAAUGAAGUUGCAGGAGCAGAGGCCAGUGAUCGUCACUGCGUGGCAGCACAGGCCGUGAGAGACAGCCUUCACGUCUCAUCCUACGGCGCGCUCACCGGGGUGGCGGCGGAGGGGGUCACGACGUGCGCGGUGUGCCUGAGCGAGAUGCGGACACGGGACCGCGUUUGGGAGCUCAGGAACUGCGCGCACGUCUUCCACAAGGCGUGCCUCGACCGAUGGCUCGACCACGAUAAGCACCUGACGUGCCCGCUGUGCCGUGCGCCGCUGCUGAGUGAGCCGGCGUGUCUGCCGUCGGCCAGCGCCUCGGCGGCCUCGGAACCUAGCUGGGCCGUGGAGCGUCUCGUCUACCUGUUCGGCGAUGACUUUCUCUUUGCUCCUGCUUGCUAGAACGCCGUUCAUGGCUGCUAAUCAAGCUGGAGGCGAUAUAUAUAUAUAUA